ACAAAGCAAAGCAGCAGCACUUAAAGUCUUAAAAGUUUUUUAAAGUUGAUAUUUUGGAGAAAUGGCUACAGUCGGACAGAUUAUUUUUUACGGCAUGGUGACCCUGAUUGUCAUCUUAGCAGCCCUCAUCAUCCUCAUCCUGUCCUUGACCUUCUCCAAAACCACAGUCAAGGUGGUGAGCAGUAACACCAAACCUGUCGCAAACCUGGGUAAGGACCAGAUUCUCAGCUGCUACAUUGAUGCAGAAAUUGAAGCAAACAGCUUGAGAGAGGUGUUGGUCAUCUGGGAGAACAGCCGCCUAGGACUAGUUUAUCGCUACGAGAAUGGAGCUCCUGCUCUGGAUAAACAACAUCCCCAGUUCAAAGGCAGAGCUCAGGUCUUCCCUGAUGCUGUAGCCACAGGUAAUGCCUUUCUGCUGCUGCAGGGUGUGAGAAGUAGUGAUGAAGGAGAGUACACCUGCAGCAUUAGCUCCUCUGUGGGCCAAGGCAACGUCACCAUCCAGCUCCGAACUGCAGUGUUUUCGGCCCCAACACUGGAGUUCUCAGAAAACACCUUGACCUCCAAGGCGAGCAGCUGGUUCCCUAAACCUGACGUCACAUGGCUGAACCAAACUGGGGAUAAACUGAAUGCAAGCACAAGUUUCACAGAAGUAUCAGCUGAAAGAUACCGUGUCCUGAGCAAGCUGCCGUCAGCACGGGUCAACGAGAGCUACAGCUGCAGGAUUGAAAACAGCUUAGUGGUGGCGGUCACCGAAGCAACUAUAACAGGUACUGGUGUUUUGGGAAGGACAUUCUUCACCUUCAGCAUUGCUUCAACCCUGCUGGUAUCAUUUCAUCUCAAUCUAAUGACUAGUGUCCUGUGCAUCUUUUUUGUGGUCUAGUGGCAUCAAACCAUAUAUUAUGUCAUUAUAGUUUACUGUCUAUGUCUUGGAUAAUUGAAAGGCAGAAU